AUGGGAAAGAACAAGACCACCGAGUCGAACAGGAGACAUGCAUUCAAAUCGUUCAAAGAGCGAGUCGACUCGAUAAAAAUCGAGCCAAGCCGAAGACUAGCCAAGAGAAUUCACGAUGACGUGGAGUCAUCCCACAUCUUGACCACGCUAGACCACUGGCGAGAGCUAAACUUGUCAAAAGUCUUUACUGAACUAGACAGCAGAAUCGAAAAUCUAUGCCAGUCACUACCUCAAGUGCUACAUCACCAGCACCGGAUAUUCGAUGCCUUGUACGACGCUAUAGCCCAAAAUGACAUUCACUCCUUACAGCCAGCUUUGGAACUCAUGACGCAGUUUAUCCAUGAUUUGGGACCUGAUUUCUUGCCUUAUUACCCCAGGACACUCAAUCUUUUCACCGAGGUGGCGUUGAAACAGAACCCCAAUGAUUUCCAAAAUAGCAGAAACACGUCAAAUGCCUUGGAUUGGAUUUUUAACGCGAUGGCGUUUGCAUUCAAGUACCUUGUGCGGUACCUCGUCGAGGACUUGAAGCCCACGCUUCUUGAACUUAUGCCGCUAUUGAAACUUACAACCAAGAGAUACAUUGCACGGUUCUGCGCCGAGUCACUCUCGUUUUUGAUUAGGAAACUGAAUUUGGACUCGCUACAAAAAGUCAUCCAUUACACAUUAGAAGACCAAGUCGACGAUGUGAUGCUGAACGACUACUAUUGCGAAUCAUUCAAGAUUAUGUUUAGUGAGUCGAUGAAGAACACCAGCGGCACAUUCCACACCAAGGCCAAGGCGAUUCUUGCGACAAUAAUGGACUGCGUGGUGUUCAAGAUCAACCUGGACGCUAAACCAAAGUAUAUCAGUUUGUUAUCGGACAUUUUGCUCGAUGUCUUGCACCAUGGAGAGCUGGAUGCAUGCGAGAGUUUUUACCAACUCGUAACAUCGAGCUUGCAUGAAUUGUUGGAGAAAAACCACGAGGAUGACGCUGACCUUUCCAUGCUCAUAUCCUGCCAGAUUCUCUCUACGCUAAGCUUUUCGGACUCGGGAAGAAAAGUCACCGACUGGACGUGCGUGCUUGAUUUGGUGUCCGAGAUCAUCAUGGGUUUGAACAAGAUUGAAGCUCCCUCGCGGGAACUCAUGGAGUCGUUUGUGUAUUUGAUGGUGAUUAUAUUCCGGAAUGUCGACGUUCAGUCGCUCAUGAAACACAGCAAGCGGUUCUUUGAAGCCGUCUUUAGUAUCAACAAUGGGGACGAUUUCUUGCUCUUUGCAGAAUCGAGUCUAUCUAUUGCUAGUCUGAAAGUUGAGAACUUUGGCAUAGCGAAAUACAUCCAGGACUAUAUCACUAGAGCGGAGAAUGAAGAGAGUCAAAAGAGAGUAGCGUUGUUUUUCAACUUUUUGAAAAACGGAAAAUAUCUACUCGGCGAAAAGUUUACUAUCCCUUUGAAAGUCAUCAGCGAUAUCAGUACUAGCUACACCGUCGAUGCUGGUGCUGCUGCUGAUGGUGACCUCAAGUGCAAAAACUCAUUCAACUUGUACUGGAAGCUCACUUUGCUUCAAUACGCUGGGGCGUGCGACAUCGAGUUGGCUCAAUUGAAAACUGCCUUGUUCCAAACCACCUCGGGAGGAUCACUAGAUCGAGAAUCGGCGAUUAUGAUCCUUGACAUCAUUUAUCAGAAAACUGAAACCAAAAACGCCAUCACUGUGGAGAUAUCCAAAUACCUCGAUGACCAAUUUGACAAUCUCAACAAAUCGUCCAAUUUCCUCCCCGUGAUUUCCAAGUUUAUCAAAUUUACGGAAACUCCACAAAGCUUCUUGACACGCGCAUUGAACUGCCUUUACUUGCCAAGUCAUGAGUCAAGAGAAAACGCAGUUGAUUUGACUGCGUCCAUCCUAUCCAUGAAAGGGGAAGAGUUGUCUCCCACGCUCUCGCAAAUUAGGCUCAUUGAGCAAAUACCGUUGACUAUAGACACAAGUCGAGAUAUAACGUUGCGAGUGCGAAACUUGGCCACGGAGUUCGCGAGAGAUGUGAAGCCGACCAAGAUGGACAAGAUUGCACUUGUCAACUACUUGUUUGGUUUGUUAUCCAAUCGAUUCCAACCUUGCUGGAAAGCUGUUUACGAGGCCAUUCCCAUGAUCUCCGGCGUUUGCAAAGACGAGAUUUGGCUGCUAGCGUACCUGAUGCUAACCAAAGAUUACUCCAACGCGACUGGAGGCGGUAAUGACAACGACAACGACCAGGCUGCAUUUAUCGAUGUGGAAAGCAGUUUAAUCGAAUGGCAGCCACGAAACCAAGUGCUUUUGAACAAUUUCGAACGCUUUGAAAAUGAUUUCCUAGCUCCAUUCAGAAACGUUGAUGCGUCAAUCACCGAGAUGUGCCAAGAUGCAACGGCCAAGAACGAAUUGAACGCGUUUGUUCGCUCAAACACGCUACAGGCAUUGAAAGCUGCCCCUUCAGUCGCCAAUGCAUCGCAGUUGGUACCCUUGGUGACAAACAAAAACAACGCGGACGACGAAAACGUGGAAAAAGAUUGGUCCAAGAAUGACAGAAACGAGCUUCUUUCAUUAUUUGCCAAGUUCAAGAACCUCAAAAAGAUUGCCAAUGCUGAUGAAUUGCACGAUUACAUGUUGGUUUUAUUAGCCAGCACGUUUUCCAAAACGCAGCAGUUGGCCCUUGAUGUCAUUUUCGCGUAUCAAGACCCCACGAUCAACAAGUACCGCGACAAGUUGAAAAACUUGUUGGAUGACGUAACGUUUAGCGAUGAGAUCAUCACUUUUACCACCUCCAACUCCUUGGUCGAAGACCAGGAUCGGCAGGCGCUCAUGCCGCUAGUGGUGCGGAUUCUCUUUGGCAAAGCCCAGGGAAAGCCCAAGAGCAACAGUAAGCAUGGCAACAGAAAUGCCGUGGUUGCAUUUUUGCCCAACUUCACUCACCAUGACAUCAAAUCGUUUAUUGAUGUGGGUGCCGAUAAACUCCACUACGCCGAGUUUUUUGAGCACCGAGUACCGGCUGCGAGUCUUGGACUGGACAAGUCUGAGCUUCGAAGAAUCUUGGGGUUCGUCAAUCUUUUGCAGCAGAUUUACGAGGUUUUGAGCAAGAACUAUGAUGAUGUGCUUCAGCAUACUGUUCAACCGCUCGUUUACUCCCUUAUAUACGCGCAAAACCGACUCGAUGGUGCUCGCGCUGCAAUCGUGGACGAAGAUGAUGAUGAUGAUGAUGAUGAUGAUGACGAUGAUGAUGAUGAUGAUGAUGAAGAAGACAAAGAGAAAGGUCGAGGAGUUAAAGUGGGUGACGUUGAUGAUGCAAUCACGGACAAAAUCGCCAAAGGCAUUAGGCUGAAUGGUAUGAGGUGUCUUUUCGAUUUAUUCACUAUCUUAGGUCCAAAUUUCAACUGGAGUGAAUACGUCGAUGUCAUCUUUGAAAACUUGAUUGCUCCAAGAAUCCCCAAUUUCGCCCAGGAGAAUUUGCAACAACCUUCAGCUAUGUUGACGUUGAUGUGCUCGUGGAUCGACCAGUCCAAUACAUUCCCAUUCCUUUACGCAAAUGAUUUCGCUGCUGUUAAAGCAGUGCUUUCGAUAUUGGGCAAUGAUGCCGCCAAGGAGAGCGUCUCUUCAAAUGUGUUGAAGUUUGCAGUCACGGCGCUCGAAAAGAAGAACGAAUCUCACGAUGACUACUUCACGCUACUUGCCAUUGUGGUCGAUUCAUUGUUGCAAACCUUGUCCUCCACGAUUAAACGAAUCUAUAACCCUGAAGUUGGGUCCUUGGCGAUCAAGACUCUUCUCUUGAUGAUUGAAGGUGAGUACAUUGACAACAAAGAGACCAAAGCCGUGCUCAUUGAGGCGUUGACUUUUGCCUUGGAGAAAAGCAACCUGCAGAUUGACCUCCAGGACAAAGCAAAUGUGCUCAUUGCGCUAUCUUCAUUAAUCAUGGGCUACGAGUGCACUUUUGAAGAAAUCAGACCCUUGUACCACGUUUGCUCCAAGCUCGUGAGGAUCUUCGCCGCGAGAAACAUCAGGGAAACGCUCGCGGGGUUAUUCGAGACUUUUGGGGUCAAGUUUGAACAUUUGAAAAUUGUCGGCGACUUGGUCUCGGGUCUCAAUGCGUACACCCCUGCGAGAAUGAAUGAAUACGAUUUUGAAAGGAGGUUAGAGGCAUUCAAGUUGAUUAACGAAGAAUACUAUUUGAAGCUCGACCAUGUGCAAUGGUUCCCCUUGAUCAACUGCGCCUUGUUUUUCAUCAAUGACAGAGACGAAUUGGCGAUGCGGGUGAAUGGUGGGUACAUGUUGAAGAGGUUUGUCGAUUGUCUCGUUUCGCAGCCGUCCAUGGAGGCCGCAGCCCCAUAUGUCCACUUGUUGAAAGACACAAUCUUGCCGAUCUUGCGACUUGGACUCAGAAGGGACAACGAAGAUGUGCAAAGUGAAUAUAUAUCACUUUUGGAGUACAUUGUGCGUCAGGACAAGUAUUUCACGGACUUGAGCGACAUGCAGAUUUUGAUUGGUGGUGGUGGCGGUGAAGGUGACGAUGAAACUGACGACGAAGAGCUGAAGUUUUUUCAAAAUAUCAACCACAUUCAAUUGCAUUUACGCUAUCGCGCAAUUCGUAAAUUGAUUGAGCAUAGCAGCGAGUUGAAAGAGAACAGCAUCUCGCAUUACCUUUUGCCCCUCGUGGAAAAAUACGUGCUUUCCAAAGAGGAGAAAUAUAGAAACAUUGGAUUGGAGGCAUUGGAAGCCGUAGCAGUUUUGACGCGCUCGGUCACUUGGCACCAAUACAAAGCUAUAUUCAAGAGGUACUUGAGCAACCUCAAGGACGCCGAGGACCAGUUGAAGCAAAAAGUGAGUCUCGUUGUAGCUGUAUCGCGAGUCUUGAAAGAGUCACUCAAGGGAGGCAAAGAUUAUGGAAUAAAGAAUUUGCCACAUCAACAGCAGGAUGAAAUUGAUGGUUUUAUCCACAAUGAAAUCUUGCCACCGUUGGAAAAGACGAUCCAAGUGCGUGAUGACAACACCAUUGUUGCGCGUGCACCGUUGGCUGAAGCCGCCAUCAACUUGGCCUUGUGCUUGUCGCCAGAUAAAGUCGAAGGAGAACUCCCCAAGAUCUUGACUAGUAUGUGUCAAGUGUUGAGAUCGAGAUCCGAAGAAUUGAGAGAUGCCAUUAGAAAGAGCUUGGGCAAGAUCACCGUUGCCCUUGGUGCGCAUUAUUUUGCAUUCAUCUUGAAAGAGUUGAAAACUGCAUUAUCGCGAGGCUCGCAGAUUCACGUUUUGAGUUUCACUGUGCACCAUCUUUUGCAAUGCUUGGCUAAGGAGUUGACACAUGGCGAUUUGGAUGAUUGCGUGGCGUUGAUCAUGGACAUUGUGAUGGAGGAUAUAUUUGGUGCUGCAGGCCAAGAGAAAGAUGCCGAUGGAUACACCAGCAAGAUGAAGGAAGUCAAGUUUAAAAAGAGUUUCGACUCGUGCGAGAUUAUCGCUUCGAAUCUAUCCUUGAGCCAAUUUGGCGAACUCAUCAACCCCAUCAAGUUGUUGCUCCAGGAAUCUAUAACUCAUAAAGUGCAAGUUAAAUUAGAUGAGCUUUUGAGAAGAUUGUCGCUUGGAUUGAACCAUAACUCCGAGGCUAACAAGCCGGAGAUUUUGCACUUGUGCUACGAGAUUUUUUUAAUGUCGUCGGAACCGGAAAGGAAGGAGAUGGAUGCAACCUUGAGCGCCUCGGAGCAACAUUUCAUGACCACGUUGAACCGGAAAUCAAAGCAUCCCCAUCACCACAACCCCCACGUGGACAAGUCGUUGUACAGGCACACCAUGCAGCGUCUUGCCUUUGAGCUAUUGCGCACAGCCAUCUCGCGUCAUGACACCUUGCUAUCAGCGUCGAGACUAAAAGGGUUUGUGACGUUGUUGGAAGAAGGCAUGAAUUCAGACGGCGAAAGCGUGGUGCUCGCGUCGUUACGAGUAUUGACCAUCAUCAUCCGUUUGCCCUUUGACGACGAGACGCAGGCUCUGCUCAAGACUUGCACCAGGCGAGCAUUGGUCUUGAUCAAGGAUUCCCCCAGCACCAACCUGGACGUGUGCCAAGCUGCAUUAAAGUUUCUCGCCACCACGAUCAAACAUAACCCCAAAGUUGAAUUGAAGGAUUCGGCGCUCAGUUACGUCUUGACCAAGAUCCAACCGGAUUUGGAAGAGCCCAAUCGACAAGGUUUAGCGUUCAACUUCUUGAAAGCCGUGGUGUCGCAGCACAUCUUGCUUCCGGAAUUGUACGAUUUGAUGGAUAGUGUCGUUAAGCUCAUGAUUGUCAACCAUUCCAAGGAGAUCCGUGACAUGUCUCGAGCGGUGUUUUUCCAGUUUCUCAUGGAAUACGACCAGAGCAAAGGCAGGUUAGAGAAGAAAUUCAAGUUUUUGGUGAACAACUUGACUUACCCUACGGAGGAAGGCCGGCAAUCCGUAAUGGAGUUGAUUUACUUGAUAAUCGCCAAAGCCGGAGUUGAUUUGUUGGCAAAAUUGGGGGCAUCGUUCUUUAUCGCCUUGGCUAACGUCUUGGUAUCCGACAGUUCCCCGAAAUCAAGAGAAAUGGCCAAUGCAUUGUUGACCUCGUUGGUUAAAAAAUUACCCGAAAUCGAGUUUGUGGAGGAAUACUGUAGUGCAUGGUUGAAGCAAUCAUCCAACUUGUUAUUGAAACGAUGCGGUUUUAGCGUCUAUAAGAUGUUGGUGUCUGCAUUUGGCAUGAGGAAGAAUGAGGAAUUGGACAAGGUUGCCGUGAGCAACAUUCAGACCAUUUUGACAGCGGGCAGAAACAGUGACGAUAGCGAAGGGGUAGAGUGGGAACUUCUUUAUGCUGCUCUCUCGGCAUUCAGCACCGUUGCUUCGUCUGCCAAGGAUCAAAUCUUUGAAAACAAGUAUCGGAAAAUAUGGAAGCGAGUCCUGGAUUGUUUAUUGUACCCUCAUUCGUGGAUCAGAUUGGUAACGUGCCGAUUGGUAUCGAUCCCACUUUCCAACUUGGCCAAAAGCAAGCUAAAUGACGAGCAACUCGAGUCGAUUGCGCUGAAGUUGAUCCAUCAGCUUCGAACUCCUUCCUUGUCUGAGGACUUGGCUAACCAGUGUGUGAAAAACUUGGUGCUCGUUGCCAUGAAGUGGGAAUCUAGUGACGCCAGCGAUGAAGCCGCUGCAGUGGAGGAGACGAAUGCCUCCUUGGUGAAUAGAGUGUGCAACAUCGUCAAGCAAGAAAACGUGCAAUCGCCCGUUGCCAAAAAGGCAGCCAUCAAGUUCUUAGCCUUAUUUGUCCAACUCACCAAGCAAGAACGACUCGAGAAAGCCGCCGAGACCAUCAUUUCCGCAUUGUACAACUUCACCGACGCCGACUAUUCAAACCCACUAGACGACGACGAGUUGACGAGCAUGAGCUUGGAAGCGUUGAAUAUGGUGAAGGAGAAAAUCGGCACUACGGAAUAUACCAGCGUUUACUCGCAAGUCCGACACCUGGUGAUUAUCAGACGACAAUCACGGAAAGCCAAGCGUGCGCAAUUGGCGGUCACGGCGCCCGAUGUUGCCUCCAGGAGAAAAUCAAAGAAACAUGAACGGAGCCGUGAAAAGCGGAAACAUGAAAAGGACGAAAAUGGCUAUUACAAGCCAAAGAAGAGGAGAGCAGUUUAA